ACGGAACGUUGCAGAUGCUGUGUCACCUGAACAUGCGGUGACUGGACGCUCUGCAAGCAGCUUCAGGCUGUGCUACCUCAGCCGCUCAAAGGCAUAAUAAUACAUCUUCGUCCCUUCGUUCUUGCAAGCGAGCUGUUGACGGGCUUCAAUUCUUCUGCUGGAGUGUUCAAGAUACAAUAUGCAUCCUCAUCUACUGUUUCCAGUGGCUACGCUCGUUGUCGGCCUUUUGAGCGGUCUGGGAGAUGCGAUUGCCGCCAACCCUCUUCCAGCGCCUCAGAACAUCACAUGGGGCACUUCGGGACCGAAGCCAUUGGCCGGCUACUUGGUCCUGAACUCGCCGUACAAUCAGGUCGUCAAUGAUGCAUGGACACGAACGUGGACCACUAUCAGCACUUUGAAAUGGGCACCCGUAGCCGUCGAAGCGCCAAUCAGCACAUUCGAGCCCUUUCCCACUGCAACGCCGUCGUCCAGAGUGAAAAGAUGGAAUUCGAUCCUCAUCCAAAUUGACCUCACUGUCGCGGACACCCAAGCUGAUCUGCAACAAGGAGUGGACGAAUCGUACACCAUUGACGUAACCCAGGCCUCGCAAUCUGUCAAUAUCACAGCCCAGACGAUCUGGGGUGCCCUCCAUGCCUUCACCACUCUCCAGCAGAUCAUCAUCUCUGAUGGCCAAGGAGGUCUCAUGAUCGAGCAACCAGUUUCGAUUGUCGACUAUCCAAACUAUCCCUACCGGGGAGUCAUGAUUGAUACCGGCCGGAACUACAUUGGCAUCCCCAAAAUCUACGAGCAGAUCGACGGCAUGGCCCUCUCAAAGUUGAAUGUGCUCCACUGGCACAUGGUCGAUGCUCAGUCAUGGCCUAUCCAGAUCGAGAGCUAUCCCCAGAUGACCCAAGGCGCCUACUCUUCCCAAAUGGUCUACUCACAAGACGACGUUCGGUCCAUCAUCGCGUAUGCGCGGGCCCGGGGCGUUCGAAUCAUCCCCGAAAUCGAUAUGCCAGGCCACGCAUCAUCCGGCUGGACGGAAGUUGACCCGAGCAUUGUGGCGUGCGCGAACUCCUGGUGGUCAAACGAUGUCUUCGCGUACCAUACCGCCGUGGAGCCCAAUCCCGGCCAACUCGACAUCCUCAACAACAAGACCUACGAAGUCGUCAAGAACAUCUACGCGGAGCUUUCGGGCCUGUUCUCCGACAACAUCUUCCACGUCGGCGCCGACGAGAUCCAAACGGGCUGCUACAAUUUCAGCACACUGGUGCAGCAAUACUUUGCCCAGAACUCCUCGCGGACGUUCAAUGAUCUGUUGCAGAUCUGGGUCGACACCGCCGUGCCGAUCUUCACGUCCGUUUCAAACAAGACGCUGAUGAUGUGGGAGGAUGUGGUGCUCAACGCCUAUCCCCACGCACACACGGUGCCCACGAACAUCAUCAUGCAGACCUGGAACAACGGGCUGGAAAACAUCCAGAACCUGACCGCGCUGGGCUACGACGUCGUGGUGUCGUCCUCGGACUUUUUCUACCUGGACUGUGGCUUCGGCGGCUGGGUGUCGAACGACCCGCGGUACAACGAGAUGGCCAACCCCAACGCGUCGGUGCCGACCUUCAACUACGGCGGCAACGGCGGCUCGUGGUGCGCGCCCUACAAGACCUGGCAGCGCAUCUACGACUACGACUUCACGCUGAACCUCACGGACGCGCAGAGGAGCCACGUGCUUGGCGCCGAGGUCCCGCUGUGGUCGGAGCAGGUCGACGACACGGUCAUUUCGGCCAAGAUGUGGCCCCGGGCGGCCGCCGUGGCCGAGCUCGCGUGGUCGGGCAACCGGGACCCCGUCACCGGGAUCAAGCGCACGACGCAGAUGACGCAGCGCAUCCUGAACUUCCGCGAGUACCUGGUCGCCAACGGGGUCCAGGCGACGCCCCUGGUCCCCCGGUAUUGUCUCCAGCACCCCCACGCCUGCGACCUGUACUACAACCAAACGGCGCUUGCGGACUACGCAACGACGCAGUGAUCUUUUGUCGAUAGGAUUGCUUUCUUGCUGGAGGGACAUUCCACGACUGCCGGGGGGAGGGUAAUUGCACAUGUCCAUAGCCAUGUACGGAAGACGGG